AUGCCUUCAGAGGUAUCAGCAAAGCCCUUUCCAGAACACUGUUUUCUCUGACUUUAAGCCUGUGUGGGUUGCAUGGAGAGGGCUUAUUCCUCCCAUUUUCCAGAUGAGAAAAUGGGCGAAGGUUGUGACUCCCCCGCCCCGACCCCAUUCACAUGGGGAAUAUGUAGAUCUCUGAAAAGAGGUGAUACCUUUCAGAUCCUCUGCCCUCCUCCCCUCGACAAAAAGCAAAGGCUUGUGAUUCACCAUACCCUCAUGGCUAUUAUUCUCUAUACUAUUCGUCAACUAAGACAUUUCAGCCUUAGGCUCCUCUCGAGUAGUUAUUGAAAUCUCUUGUUCAGCGCCUCUCGCUUUCUUCUUGAAUAUCUUCUCCGACUAGACUGUGAGCUCCAGGAAGAUAGCGUCUUGCCCUCUUUGACCUCACGUCACUCCCUGUACCUCACCUCAUACUUUGAACGUAACAGGCACCUUAAUAAAAAUCAGUUGGCUUGGUGGUUCUAAGGAUGAGUACCGGUUGGAUCAUGUGAUUGGCAGUGCUUCUGAGGGAACAGAUGUUCCUAUUCAAAUCCAUGAAACUGGAAACAUGAAAAAACAACAAUCAUGACAUUGAUUGAUAGUGAUAUUUACUGUGUCAGACUGUUUAAGCUUAAGCUAUAAAAUAGACUAUCACGUUCUGUCGUCUUUCCAUUUUGAUUUCAAAGGUUCUCACACACUUAAAUAAUGUCCCUUGACUCAGAUCCUAAUUCUUGUGUGAUGUACUAUGUAAUAUUUCCUUAUCAAAUUACAGCCCUGUUCUUUUGAAUUUUACACUCAAAGCUUCCCCUUCCUGAGAAAACACCACUUCUGGGUGCUUUGAAGACAUUUUUUGGUCUGUUAUAAGAAAAUAUUUAUCAGUUGGCAAGGCAUGUAGUGCUGAGAACACGGUAGACAAUGCAGGGCCGGAGCGAGGUGUGUGUUGCUGAGUAUCCUGUCUGCACUAAUUUCCUAAAUCCCCUGCCUGCCAGAUGGGUGGUCAUCGUCUGAACUGGUUCAUAAAAGGUGAUUUUAGAACCUGCGGUAUAAUCUUGAGCACAAACAAGGCUGAAGGGCUGUCUUUUCUGUCUUAUUCAGGUCCUGAGCAGGCAGAGCCACGCGCUAUGAGCACCUCGGGUCUGUUCCGUUUUCCUACCCCACUGACCAGAGUGUGCAUGGUGCCCUGGGGACUCCGGCUCUGCGAGAAGCCGGAGCUCUUAUCCCCUGGAACAGCGGUCACUCCAGUCCAGGCGGCAGGCAAGAAGGACCACCCUGCUCUGCUCUCCCUGGAUGAGAGUGAACUUGAAGAGCAGUUUGUAAAAGGACACGGGCCAGGGGGCCAGGCAACCAACAAAACAAGCAACUGCGUGGUGCUCAGGCACGUCCCCUCAGGCAUUGUGGUCAAGUGCCACCAGACUAGAUCCGUCGAUCAAAACAGAAAGCUAGCUCGGAGAAUCCUGCAAGAGAAAGUGGAUGUUUUCUACAAUGGUGAAAACAGUCCUGUUUACAAAGAAAAACGAGAGGCAGAGAAGAGAAAGCAAGAAAGGAAAAAAAGAGCAAAGGAGACCCUAGAGAAAAAGAAACUCCUGAAAGAACAAUGGGAAUCAAGUAAAAAUGUGCCCAGAGAAAGGACUGCAGAUUCUGACUGAAAGAACCUGCCGGAUGGGACUUCGCUGGUGGCGCACUGGUUAAGAAUCUGCCUGCCGAUGCAGGGGACACGGGUUCGAGCCCUGCUCUGGGAGGAUCCCACAUGCCACGGAGCAGCUAAGCCCGUGCACCACAACUACUGAGCCUGCGCUCUAGAGCCCGCGAGCCACAACUACUGAGCCCGCGUGCCACAACUACUGAAGCCUGCACACCUAGAGCCCGUGCUCUGCAACGAGAAGCCACCGCAAUGAGAAGCCUGCGCACCGCAACAAAGAGUAGCCUCCGCUCGCCACAACUAGAGAAAGUCCACGCGCAGCAACGAAGACCCAACGCAGCCAAAAAUAAAUAAUU